AUGGAGCAAGGUGCUUUUAUUCCAAGGAGAAGUAUUUUUGAUAAUAUUACUCUACCUCAAGAGAUGAUUCAUUAUCUUCACAAGCCUGUAAGGGGUGGAAAUGUUGUGCUUAAAGUGGAUAUUGCCAAAGCAUAUGAUAGAAUUGAUUGGGAUUUUCUUAUGCACGUUUUGAGAUCUUUUGGUCUCUCGCGCAAGAUUUGUGAUCUGGUAAGACAGUGUGUAACUUCUCCUUGGUAUUUUGUGAUGAUGAAUGGAACUAUGAAAGGUUUCUUCAAAGGUGGAAGAGGGGGCUCCCCUAAUUUCUCAUCUACUAUCACCAUAUCAAGAAGACGGAUGCUCUUACGACUCACUAGAUUCACUGAAGGUAAAUUCCCUUUCAAAUAUUUAGGGGUUCCUAUAAUCACGGGAAGAUUGAGAACUCGAGACCUUGAGGAAGUGGUAGAAAAAUUUCGUAUGAGAUUGGCAGGUUGGCAAAGUAGAGUCUUAUCUAAAGAGGCUAGACUGCUGCUUCUAAAACAUGUCCUCACAAGCAUACCUCUGCAUCUGAUUUCUUGUAUAAAAGCUCCUUUUUCGGUUAUAAAAGUCAUCAAUAGAAUAUUUAGUGACUUCUUCUGGGGAUAUGCGGAUGGAAAGCCUAAGAGGAAAUGGGUAGCAUGGGACAAAAUUUGUAUGCCUUUUAAAGAAGGUGGUGCUGGACUUCGUAGUUUACAUGAAGUGUAA